ACAUGUUAAAACAUUGACAGAUGACAGGAGUGUAUAUCCAAGCCGCCAAUGUUUCUCAAAUUGACGAAUAAAGUAAAUAUUUCUGAAUCUUCGGUCAUCUAUAAAUUUGUCUACAAUUUCACAUAAAUUGUGUGAGAAUUCCAUCUCCAAUUAACCAAAAUGUCUAUUGGUGUUCCUAUUAAAGUUCUUCAUGAAGCCGAAGGUCAUAUUGUAACCUGUGAAACUAUUACCGGUGAAGUCUACAGAGGAAAACUAAUAGAAGCUGAAGAUAAUAUGAAUUGUCAAAUGACACAAAUCACUGUUACAUACCGAGAUGGCAGGGUAGCCCAGUUAGAAAAUGUUUAUAUCAGAGGAUCAAAAAUCAGAUUUCUUAUUCUACCGGAUAUGUUGAAGAAUGCUCCAAUGUUUAAAAAGCAGACGAAAGCGGGAACUGCAGGGAGAGGAAAAUCUGCAAUACUUAGAGCACAAGCUCGGGGAAGAGGACGGGGGCAGCAGCCUCAGAUGCGUGGUGGUCGGGGAGGUACUUGGCAGAACCAGCAAGGUGGUGCACCUACCGGUCGUGGAAGAUAAGGAACACUCAUUUAUGUCUGUGUAAAUAGUUUGAUAAUAUAUUUGUAAGGAGGAACUUGCAUGUUUUUGUCAUUUACUAUAAAAAAUAUUCCAAGUGUGAAAACACAAAUUGACAAAAGAUUGUAAAACAAAACAUUGAUGUAUUUUCGAAAUGUGCAUAACAAUUGAUUAUUUAAAUAAAGUUUCAUUUGAUAA